CAUGCGCGCGGCUCCGGGAGCCGGUGGGGGUCCGUGUGCGGUGGGCGGUGCGGCCUGGAUGUCCCCCGCCGUGGGGCGGCCUGGCUCGGCCCCAUGGCCGCCGUGUUCCUCGUCACGCUCUACGAGUACUCGCCGCUCUUCUACAUCACCGUGGUGUUCGUCUGCUUUCUCGUCACCAGCGGACUGGUGCUGGGUUGGUUUGGGUUGGGUGUUCCUGUUAUUCUGAGAAACUCAGAAGAAACUGAAUCCAGCACAAAAGUUUUGAAAAAGCGGAUGAGACAAGUGAAGAAUCCUUUUGGGUUAGAAAUCCCUCAUCCUGCUACAGCUUCAGUAACAAAGGGUAUAACACUGACACCUGAUUGUCUGGAAGACUGUAUUCUUACAUGCUACUGGGGCUGCAGCGUUCAAAAACUCCACGAAGCGUUACAGAAACAUGUCUACUGCUUCAGAAUAAAGACUCCUCAGGCGUUGGAGGAUGCUCUGUACAGCGAAUACCUCUAUCGGCAACAGUACUUCAUUAAAAAAAAUGACAAGGAAGAAAAAUACUGUCAGUUACCAGAAGAUGCUCAAGUUGUCGAUUUUGGCCCGGUGCCUAGAUCUCGCUAUCCGCUGGUAGCAUUGUUGACGUUAGCUGAUGAAGAAGACCGAGAAAUAUAUGAUAUUAUUUCAAUGGUGGCUGUAAUCCACAUUCCUGACGAGAGCUACAGACUUUCCUGCAGAAUACUGUAUCAGUAUCUACUUCUAACUCAAGGUCAAUACCAUGAUCUGAAGCAACUCUUCAUGUCUGCGAAUAGUACCGCACCAUCUUCAAGCGAUACGUCCCCUGGUGAGAGGAGCACUGACAGAAGCUUGCUAGAAAAGGCCGGACUGGCUGAAGAUGAGCCAGAAUUGCAUGAAGAAAACAGUAAAGACUGUGUUGUUUGCCAGAAUGGCCCGGUGAACUGGGUACUCCUGCCCUGCAGGCACGCCUGCUUGUGCGAUGGCUGCGUUAAGUAUUUUCAGCAGUGUCCAAUGUGUAGGCAAUUUGUUCAAGAAUCUUUUCCACUUUGCAGUAAAAAGGAGCAAGAUGAAGAUGAAUCAACCCGUAUCUUGCAAGAUGUUCUUCCUGGAGGAGUUUUUUAAUGGGGAGGAAGAAAAGAGAAGAACUGGGUUGUAUGCACCGAGAUUAAAUGUAGAAAACAGACUGUUUAUGGGAGGAGAUGUAGCAUUAACUUCUAUGGUUUUGCUUUUUAUUGUUAGGUAAUUUUCAGCUUCCUUGUUUUUCUUCGCUCCAUAUGCUCGCAGGAACGCUACGCUUAGCCAUGCAACGUGGACAGAAGUGCGUAGGAUAUCUUUGAAGGAUGUGAUGUUAUUUAUAACUUCUUAGUAGUUUUUCAUGGGGUACUAUGGGAGGCUAUUUUCAUUACUAAAUUUAGUAUGCCUACUAAAAAAAGAAUAAAAUUUGCAAGUGAAGUUGCA